AUGGACUUCGUCAUGAAGCAGGCCCUUGGAGGGGCCACCAAGGAUAUGGGGAAGAUGCUGGGGGGAGAGGAGGAGAAGGACCCAGACGCGCAGAAGAAAGAGGAGGAGCGACAGGAAGCACUGCGGCAGCAGGAGGAGGAGCGUAAGGCCAAGCAUGCGCGCAUGGAGGCUGAGCGUGAGAAGGUCCGGCAGCAGAUCCGAGACAAGUACGGGCUGAAGAAGAAGGAAGAGAAGGAGGCAGAGGAGAAGGCAGCCCUGGAGCAGCCCUGCGAGGGAAGCCUGACCCGGCCCAAGAAGGCUAUCCCUGCAGGCUGCGGGGAUGAGGAGGAGGAAGAGGAGGAGAGCAUCCUGGACACGGUGCUCAAAUACCUCCCCGGGCCACUGCAGGACAUGUUCAAGAAGUAA